AUGGUGCUGGUGGAGGUGUAUACGCUAGGUGAUAGUGCUGGAGCUGGUAAUAGCUUUGCUGAGCCUAAAACUUUUAAGCAGGCAAUGAAGAUUCCUAACUGGGUAGCUUCCAUGAAGGAAGAACAUCAGGCUUUAAAGGAUGCAUAUACUAAUGAUUUGCUCAAACCUGAUGGUACUAUUGAAAGGUGUAAGAGCAGGUUGGUUGCAAAGGGGUAUGAUCAGUUAGAUGGUGUUGAUUACACUGAUACUUUCAGUCCAGUGGUGAAUGCACCUACUAUUAGAACAGUUCUUACUAUUGCAGCUUCAAAAGGGUGGCAAAUUCAGCAAUUAGAUGUUUCUAAUGCCUUUUUACAUGGUCAGUUGAAUGAGUGUGUUUUUAUGGAGCAGCCAUCAGGGUUUGUAGUCGAAGGCAAAGAAGACUAUGUUUGUCACUUAAAAAAAUCUUUAUAUGGCUUAAAACAAGCACCAAGGGCUUGGUUUCAAGGAUUUAGUGGUUUUCUUCUUCAAUAUGGUUUUCAGCAGUCUAAAUGUGAUCAUUCUUUGUUUAUCUACAACUCUCCUAAGGGUGUUAUGUAUCUACUGUUAUAUGUAGAUGAUAUCAUCUUAACUGGAAGCUUAGGUACUUUAUUAAACUCUCUUAUUUCUGCUUUAAGCAUAGAGUUUAAAAUGAAGGAUUUAGGAUCUCUUUACUAUUUCUUGGGCAUUGAAGUUACUAGAAAUUGUCAUACUAAUUCCUUACUACUUACUCAAAAUAAAUAUUGUCUUGAGCUUUUGGUUAAGGAUGAUAUGGUAGAUUGCAAGCCAUGUAGUACUCCAGUUGCAAAAGGUACGAGAUGUUCUCUUUAUGAUGGUGAUCCACUACAAGAUCCACUGCAUUAUAGAAGCCUUGUUGGGGGAUUACAGUAUCUCACAAUGACAAGACCUGACAUAGAUUUUGUUGUCAGUUAUGUGUCACAGUUUAUGCAUAAACCAACUACUGCUCAUCUGCAGCUCGUUAAGAGGAUCUUACAAUAUCUUAAAGGAAGUCUAGGCUCUGGCAUUGUUCUAGGUUCUUCAGAUAUCUCUACUGUUACAGCAUAUUCUGAUUCAGACUGGGCUGGUUGCCCUGAUUCAAGAAGAAGUACUUCAGGUUAUGCUGUUUUCUUGGGCUGUUCAUUUAUUUCUUGGACUUCAAAGAAACAACCCACAGUUUCCAGAUCUUCAGCUGAGGCUGAAUACAAAUCUCUUGCUAAUACUUCUUCAGAAAUGCUGUAUGCCUAUACGCAGACACCACUAUCUUGGGUCUCAUGGUCUUCUUCAUAA